GUUCUUCGGUUCUUCUCUGACCUUCACCCCCGCUGCAUUUUCUCUUGUAGCAGUCUCGUUUUCUGCAAGGAGUUCCAGCUACCGUGGAAAUAAUGGCGUUCCACAUCGGGAUAUUCUUAUCCCUGAUUCUGCUGAAUUCAAUCUGCUCCCACGCCGCUGUUUCGAGUGUAGAUCUGGGCUCCGAAUCGUUGAAAGUUGCCGUGGUUAAUCUUAAACCAGGGCAACCCCCAAUCUCGAUCGCCAUCAACGAGAUGUCGAAGCGCAAAACCCCUUCAUUAGUCUCAUUCCUCUCCGGGGAACGCCUAAUCGGAGAAGAAGCGUCGGGUCUCCUCGCUCGCUAUCCCGACAAGGUUUUUUCACAUCUUAGAGAACUCAUCGGUAAACCCUAUCACCACGUCAUCAAAUAUCUGGACUCCCUUCACUUGCAUUACGACGUUUUCCCGGAGGAGUCGAGGAAUGUCGCGGCUUUUCGUACCGAGAACGGGAAUUUCACCGCGGAGGAGCUCGUGGCUAUGUUGUUGAAGUAUGCGGUUGGGCUCGCGGAGACGCAUGUGAGGGUUGGAACAAUGAAGGAUGCGGUGAUAACAGUGCCUCCAUACAUGGGCGUCGCUGAGAGAAAUGGGCUUCUAACUGCUGCCCAGCUCGCGGGGGUCAAUGUCCUUGCGCUGGUAAAUGAGCAUUCUGGUGCUGCGUUGCAAUAUGGGAUUGAUAAAGAUUUUUCCAAUGGAUCAAGGCACGUGAUCUUCUAUGACAUGGGGGCAGGUAGCACUUAUGCUGCUCUCGUGUAUUUCUCGGCUUACAAUUCCAAAGAAUUUGGAAGGACCGUGUCAGUUAACCAGUUUCAGGUAAAGGAUGUCAGAUGGGAUGCUGAGCUCGGGGGUGAGCAGUUUGAGUUAAGGCUGGUGGAGCACUUUGCAGAUGAGUUCAACAGAGAGCUUGGAAAUGGGGUAGACGUGAGGAAGUCUUCCAAGGCAAUGGCCAAACUGAAGAAACAGGUUAAACGUACAAAAGAAAUACUCAGUGCAAACACAGCUGCCCCAAUCUCAGUUGAGUCCCUCUAUGAUGAUCGCGAUUUUAGGAGCACAAUAACCCGUGAGAAGUUUGAAGAGCUAUGUGAAGAUUUAUGGGAAAAAGCUAUUGUUCCUUUGAAAGAGGUUCUGAAGAACUCUGGCUUAAAGAUCGAGGAAAUUUAUGCAGUAGAGCUCAUUGGAGGGGGCACCCGAGUGCCAAAAUUGCAGGCCAAGCUUCAAGAGUUUCUUGGGAGGAAAGAACUGGACAAACAUUUGGAUGCAGAUGAAGCUGUUGUUCUUGGCGCCUCACUGCAUGCUGCAAAUCUAAGUGAUGGUAUAAAAUUAAAUCGCAAGCUGGGAAUGAUCGAUGGCUCAACAUAUGGAUUUACGAUUAAUAUAGAUGGUCUGGAUCUGCCCAAAGAUGAGAGCACCAACCAGUUCUUAAUACCUAGAAUGAAAAAGUUACCCAGUAAAUUAUUCAGAUCCAUAAUUCAUGACAAGGAUUUUGAAGUUUCACUUGCUUAUGAGAGCAAAGAUCUGCUGCCACUUGGCACCACAUCACUCAUAUUUGCUCAAUAUGCAGUAGGAGGACUAGCAGAUGCCAAAGAGAAAUAUGCAGCAAGAAAUAUUUCUGCUCCCAUCAAGACCAAUCUACAUUUCUCUCUGAGUAGAAGCGGAAUAUUCUCUAUGGAUCGGGCUGAUUCUGUUAUUGAAAUAUCUGAAUGGGUGGAAGUGCCAAGAAAGAAUCUGACAGUGGAUGAUUCAACCUCUAGUUCUGCCAGUAACACUUCAGAGGGCAGUGAUGGAAAACUUAAUGAGGAGGGUGUGUCAAGUGAUUCAUUCAAUACCACUGCAAGUAAUGCUUCUUCUCCAACAGAUCUGGUUGCAGAGAAGAAACUCAAAAAACGGACUUUCCGUGUUCCUCUUAAGAUCACCGAGAAGAUAGUGGGUCCAGGAAUGUCCCUUUCAGAGAAGUCUCUAGGGGAAGCAAAAUUUAAAUUGGAAGAACUUGACAGAAAAGAUGCAGAGAGGAGAAGGACUGCUGAGUUAAAGAACAACCUGGAAGGUUACAUAUAUAAUACGAGAGAAAAAGAUUGAGUCCGAGGAGUUUGAAAAAAUUGCAACCGAACAAGAGCGGAAAUUAUAUAUUGAGAGACUUGAUGAGGUGCAAGAAUGGUUGUACACUGAUGGCGAAGAUGCCUUAGCCACAGAGUUUGAGAAACAUUUAGAUACGUUGAAGGCUAUUGGUGACCCAAUAUUCCACAGAUAUAAUGAGCUUACAGCACGCCCUGCUGCAUCUGGACAUGCCCGACAAUAUCUCACCGAAUUGCAACAGAUUGUGCAUCGAUGGGAAUCAGAUAAAUCUUGGCUUCCUAGAGCGAGAAUAGAUGAGGUAGUGGAGGAGGCUGAGCAGCUGAAGAAUUGGUUGAACGAGAAGGAGGCUGAGCAGGAUAAGACUCCAAGACACGGCACACCAGCAUUCACGUCCGAAGAAGUAUACAAUAAGCUAUUUGCUCUUCAAGACAAGGUGGCCAAGGUCAAUAAAAUUCCUAAACCAAAGCCAAAAGUUGAGAAGCCCGUGACAAGUGAAACUGAAAGCAACAAAGAAAAAGAAAAUGCAAACUCACCUCCUGAGGAAUCCUCCCUGAAAGAGGAAACUGUAGAAUCUGAGAGAACAGAUGGUGAUGACAAAACUAGUACUGAGCCCAACACUAACAGCCAACAGCCAGAAAGCCACGAUGAGUUAUGAUUUGUUUGAACAAAAGGCAUUUGGGGAGAUUUUUAGCUAGAGGCAAGAAUAGCAGCAACUUCCAUGGGAGAGACGAUGCACAAUGUUAACACCGAAGCCCAUUGUUUGUUGAUGCCACUUCUAGUUUGUCAGUCUUGGAUUAGUGAGUGUUGAGAGGAUUAUACCCUUCAUUUGACGGUAUUUGUAGUAUGAAGCCCUUGUAUAAACUCUAAGAUAACGUUCGGUAUUAAAAACAAUUUUGAGUACAACUAAUCAUAGCAAUUUUCUCGGAUGUUUUUUUACUUGUGGAGUUCAUAAAAAACCUGUUUCUUGAUGGCAGAAUGUGAACAUUUUGGGUCUGUUUGGUUGGAGGGUUCUCCUAAUUUAUAGAACUUUGAUACUCCGUAG